AUGUCUCUUAGCUCUAAUCGUUAUCUCGACAGUUACCAGCUGGAACUGGUGCAAAAUACUGAUCCUAUCAAAGGAAGGAGUGUGAUUACCAAGAAGUCCAUAAAUAGAGGCUCAGUACUCACCACCUCCCAGCCCCUGGGAACCGUUAUUCUUAAACCGACCGAAGUUUGUAACUACUGCUGCCGGGUGCCGGUACCUACUCAAUCAAACACUUCACCGCUACAACGAUGCUCACGGUGCAAAAGCGCCUUCUUUUGCGAUGUCGGAUGCUUUAAAAAUGCUUGGCUAAGCUACCAUCAAUUUGUGUGCCAACCAUCGGCCCAUUCCAAAUCCCUGGCUGAAGAAACAGAACAACAUCUGGAUCAAGAAAUGCUUGAACGUGUGACGCUCAAUGUAUGGCGUGAUAAAAAACGAAAAACGGCCAUGAAAACGGCUACCUCCACUGAUGACUCUUGUAUCACACCAAAUAAUAUGCCACUGGAGGAAACCGUGGACGUCACCAUGGAAGCGUUUUCUAGCUUGAUGGAUCAUUACGAACGACAGCCAAAGCACCUUUUGGAGCAAUACACUAUCAUUGCCAAGAAAGCCUUGAGUCAACCGUACAUAUCCGAUACUGGGAUGACCGUCCCCGAGCUGGUACGCUUUCUAUGUCGAUUUAAAUGCAAUAAUUUCGGGAUUCACGAUGACCAGUUAUCCAUCGUUGGCGAGGGAACAUAUCCUAUCGGCUCUUUAUUGAAUCAUUCCUGUCGACCCAACGCCGUCGUCAUGUUCGAUGGUGCGUUGAUGAUUAUCAGAGCAAUUGAGGAUAUUCCAGCGGGACAGGAAGUGACAAUUGCUUACGUUGAUGCUGCUCAUUCGCGAAUAUAUCGUCAAAAGGCACUUCAAGAAAAGUACAUGUUCCAAUGCUCAUGUCUACGAUGCGACGAUACCACCAUUUAUGGGCAAAUUGAUACAUUGCUGGGUGAAGAAGAAUCGGACUGGGAUCGAGCUCAAAGUCUGUGUGAUCCAUCCAGUGGGCUUGGCCCGCGCUUAUUACAAGAUAUCGAAGAUUGGGAUUUAUUACAAAUGUGUCAACAAUUUGAUCGUAAACACGACGGGAAGCCAAAUAUCCAUCAACCUCUGACCGUCUCCACAUAUACGCAUUACCUUAUUCAGUAUUUUGCUCCGUAUCUAUGGACUACCAAUAAUGCUUCGAUCUUCCAGCCGGCCUCACCGGGCAAACGAAUUGAACAUCUUGUCACUUUCGACGAUCCACGACCGGAAGCGGCAUUACCAGCUGUGUGCGAUACAUACGACGAUAUUCUUCGAGAGUGUAUUCAAAAUAUUCGUCAAUACCCACUUGGUGGCAUGGUGCCUUUCCGCUUAACCACACUUACAACAGCAACUCGAUUAUUCUAUGAUGAAAUGGCUGACAGUCACUGGCAAAACGCUGUGAAAUUGGGCAUGUAUAUUCUCGUUCAAUACUGUCUGCUGUACCCACCGUAUCAUCCUAUUCUGGCACAACAUCUUUUGUUACUCGCCAAAGCUUGCUGGAAUUCGAUUAUUCAGCUGGAACUACUUGAAGACGGUUGUGGUUUGGAAAAAGUAUAUGAACGUGGCGUUCGUCGAUGGAUUCUUUUAUCCAAAGAAAGCAUUCAAUGCUGCUUUGGAAAACAAGGCGAUCAAUGGCGAGAAGUCCUGGAAUUGGAAUGGCUAUUUUUGCGGGAACAGAAACUGAAAUAAACCAAAAAUGUAUGGGC